UCAAUUUCGAGGUAUCUAUUAAUGUUCCUUGUCUUGUGAAGUGUGUAGUUUAAAGAGGUUCCUUCUUUACCCAGUACCAGUACAUGAUGAUAGUAUUCAGUGGUAUUGAUAGCAUCCAGAGCGUUGUCAAUUUCAAUGUCUUUACAAGCUGUUACAUUCACAUCGUUCCCUUCAUUAUCUUCCACAUAAUAAAGACAGCAGGACUCAUCCUCUUCAUACCCCAAGCCAUUCUUUAUGUCUGUUAAGUUAUUGAUCUCAUCUGCUUCAAUAGGAGAGUUUGACUGUAGUAGGAAUACACUUAGACUGGCAGAUUGACUGCAUUUAGCCUGAGCCUCAUUGACAAAGAAGGCAAACAGAAGGAGUAUUACAAGUGCCAUUGCCUCUUCUUAACAAACACACCCUUUAAGAAUAUUCAUCACAUAGACAUCGAUGCUGCUAUGAAUUAACUUUAAGCAACUGACCCAUUCCCUUUUAUGGCUCAAGUAUAGUAAUUCACAAGCCAGAGCAUGUUUAUCUAACACACCAUCUCAACACUAUAUGCACUAGUGUUUUAUUGUAUGCUAUGUCAAUUUGGCUUGUAGGAGAAACAAACUCAGCAGUUGAAUGAAGUGUUGGAAUCUCACUCUCACUUGGAGGAGGAGACUGAGAGGAAAUGCAAUGAACAGUUGAAACAGCUUGAGGAGGAGAAAGUUAAACUAAAGUGCCUCUUCGAAGGAAAGGAAAAGGAAUUCCAAGCACUGAAGGAUGAAAUAAGAGCUUUACAUAUGAUCAAGUAUAAUUUAGAAAAGAAGCUCAGUGAGCAAGAGUAUACACUUCAAGUAUUAAAUGUCUCACAAGAGAAUUAUCACAGUCAGUUGAGUCAAAUGGAACAGCAGUGUGUUGAUAUGGAGACAAAAGUAAUUGAAGUCACUAAACUACUGGAGACAUUAGAAUCAAAUGUGAGGGAGGCAGUAGAGUUAAAUGGCAGACUAGCAACUGCUAACAACCAUCAGCAAUGUGUUGUUGACUCGUAUAAGGAAGAAUUGGAUACUUACCAGAAAGACUGCAUCAAACUUAAAGCUAAACUAAAAGCAGAAGAGGUUGGUAUAGAGAUGAAGAAACCCACAAACAUUGAUCAGCAACUGAGAGUGGAGAGAGAGGUGACACAUCAGCUACAGGAGCAGCUCUCUGAUGUUCGAGUUGAAUACUGCACUGUAUUGAAGUCAUUGAAAGAGGCUCACACUCUCAUUGAUAAGCACAUUGAUACUGCAAAGGAAUCGUCAAUUCGUGAAUUGUCACUGAAAGAAAGAGUGAGUGGGUUAUCCAAUGAAGUUAAGGAAUUAAAGGGACAGUUAGCUGCAUUGGAAGAGGAGUCUGGCAAGGACAAGCAAAACUUAAUAGCCGAAUCUAAUCAACACAAGAAAGAGUUAUCUGAUUUAAGGCAGC